UAUCACUGAAACCGAAUCCAGAGGACAACGAUUAACUGUUAUCCUAAAUAUGUAUUUUGUGACAGGUUUUAAUUAAUUGUAAUGGGGGGGGGGGGGAUUAUUUUAUUACGGUUCAGGACAUGUUGGAUGCAUUGUGCUGUGGAUGUACACAAGAGGGAACUGACCUGUAUCUAGGCUUCCUGAAGCAGAUGCUGAUCCUGUGGAAAGCGGUGGAUGCCAAGGUCCCAGGUGUCUGUUAUGAACGGGCUUAUAACACCCUCUCUGUCAUGGCAACCAAAUACAUUGGAGCAGUUAGGCUGCAAAUAAUGACACCUUUUCUCUCUACCCCCUUUUAAGUGCAUCUGCCAAUGCUAAUGAUGAAUGAUCAAAGCCUUGAUAAACACGCCAAACUGCAAGCGUGAGUUCACCACCUCCUCUGUUUUUCCUCUUCAUUAUCUGGAGUUAAUCAGAUUCUGAGGCUUCCUGGAGUUUUACGGAUCCGUGGAAGUGAAAAUUCGAGAAAGACUAUCCCAGGAUUUGGAUCAAGCGAUGGGAUCGGCAGCCUCGACAGACAGACAGAAGACAAUCUAUGUGGACGUGGACGGCAAGGUGAAGAAGGUCAUUUUCAAUCAGCAGAGCGGUUCGAGCGUGAUGAAACGUCUUCUUUGUGCUACUGCUGGACUUCCAUGCUCUCCUUAUGGAAUCAUCCCUCAAGCUGUGUUUCCGAGAUUAGACAAAGAAGACGUUUUCCAGAACAUUCUGACUCAGGUUUCUGAGGAAUUCUCAAGAGCUUUCCGGGUCAGCGAGCUGAAGAGAGAGGUCUGUGAUCGGCUCACAGUCCUGGAACGACGGGUUGAAGCUGAAGGUCAGAAAGUUCUCAGCAUUGACAUGUGUAAGAACGAGCUGAGGCAACUACGGGAUGAGCUUGAAAAGAGGAACCACAGACUGAACUACCCUUGUAGAUGUUACCACUCUGAGGAAGCCAUCCGAAUGAUCCCCCAUAAAGAUGUCCCAAGCUACCCUAAGUACACGCUGUCAUUGGAGACCAUUGAUGCCCUGAAGAAGCCCACCUUUGAUGUCUGGCACUGGGAAUACAACGAGAUGUUGAGCUGCUUGGAGUUUAUGUAUCAUGAGCUUGGACUUGUGCAAGAGUUUAACAUGAACCCCAUCACUCUAAAACGCUGGUUGUUGUGUAUCCAAGAGAACUACAGGAGCAAUCCCUUCCACAACUUCCGCCAUUGCUUCUGUGUGACCCAGAUGAUGUAUGGAAUGAUUCACCUCUGCCAGUUACAGGAGCGGAUGACGCUUUUACAGUUGGGAGUCCUAAUGACGGCCGCUGUGUGUCACGAUCUGGACCACCCCGGGUACAACAAUACAUACCAGAUCAAUGCCCACACGGAGCUGGCAAUCCGCUAUAACGAUGUAUCGCCCCUGGAGAACCAUCACUGCGCCGUGGCGUUCCAAAUCCUGGCGCAACCAGAAAAUAACAUCUUCUCCAACGUGUCCCCCGAAGCCUUCAAACAGAUCCGACAGGCAAUCAUCCGUCUGAUUCUAGCAACAGACAUGGCAAAACAUGGAGAUAUUCUGGAGUCCUUUAAACAGACUGUGCCCAACUUUGACUUCUCCAAUGAGGACCAUGUGAAAACUCUCCAGAUGAUGCUGAUAAAAUGCUGCGAUAUCUCCAAUGAGGUGCGUCCAUCGGAGGUGGCUGAGCCCUGGGUGGACUGUCUGCUGGAGGAGUACUUUAUGCAGAGCGAUCGUGAAAAAAUUGAGGGUCUUCCAGUCACGCCCUUUAUGGACCGAGAUAAAGUCACCAAACCCAAAGCCCAGAUUGGGUUCAUCAAGUUCGUGCUGCUCCCCUUGUUUGAGACGAUUAUGAAGCUUUUCCCACCCAUAGAAGAGGUGAUGGUGCGCCCUCUGCAGGAAGCCAGGGAUCACUAUGAGGAUCUCAUGCAGCUGGAGGAAGCAAUGGCAGAAGUCCAGCAGAGGAAGACGGAGGCGCUGUCCAGCGCAGGCGGGAGAAGGAAGCGGAGUUCGGAGACGGCCUAGCCGCGCGUCUAAUUCCCAUUUUUGUUUUUCCACGUGUAAUAAGAGACUGCAAACCUGGCUGGCGAAAGGCGCGGCGGAGUCAUCGCCCCCCCUCCCCCCCCCGCCGGGAACGGUAGGAGCGAGUGGAUGAUUAAUAUAACUUCGCUACGACCUCUUCCAGCCGUCCUGCGAGGAUUGGCACCGAGGCUGUUUUCUUAAACACGUCACUUUCAGCGUCUCCGUCCUUCGCCAGCGGGGCGUGCCUUAAAACAGCAGGGGGGGGGGGACGUCUUGGGU